AUGCAUCUGCCUCGCUCUCUCUCUCUCUCUUUCUCUAUCUAUCUAAUUGUGUUUCUCAUCUAUCAACAUGCUAACAUCUAUCUGUCGAUCUAUCUGUGUUUCUCAUCUCUCAACAAGUUAGUAUCUAUCUAUCUAUCUAUCUAUCUAUCUAUCUAUCUAUCUAUCUAUCUAUCUUCUUUAUCAUCAUGCCAGCAUCUACAUCUCUCUCUUUCUCUCUCUCAAUCAAUCUAUCUCAUUUUCAUCUGCCUCUGGCUCGAUCUAUCUAUCUAUCUAUCUAUCUAUCUAUCUAUCUAUCUAUCUAUCUAUCUAUCUGUGUUUCUCAUCUUUCAACAUGCUAGCAUCUAUCUAUCUAUCUAUCUAUCUAUCUAUCUAUCUAUCUAUCUAUCUAUCUAUCUAAUUGUUUCAUCUCUCAAGAUACUAGCAUCUAUCUAUCUAUCUAUCUAUCUCAUCUAUCUAUCUAUGUAUCUAUCUAUCUAUCUAAUUGUUUCAUCUCUCAACAUACUAGCAUAUAUCUAUCUAUCUAUCUAUCUGUGUUUCUCAUCUUUCAACAUGCUAGCAUCUAUCUAUCUAUCUAUCUAUCUAUCUAUCUAUCUAUCUAUCUAUCUAAUUUUCUCCUUUCAUCUAUCUAUCUACCUAUCUAUCUAUGUCAGAGUUUCCCUAUCCUAA